UCUAACGUUACUACGGUUUAUUUUAAUUAAUAUAGAUACUAAAUCUCUCAUGUCCUACUGCACUGUUCUUUAUCCAUUCAUACGUUUUAUUAUCAAUGUCACACAGUGAAAUCAGGGAUUGAGAUUAUCAAAUUGAUCGAAAGUUAUCAUAUGUACAAUUAAUUUAUGUAUUUACGUAUCGCAUUGCUUAAUAAAACGACCACUGACCAUACUUUAAUGAAUAACUGAAUUAAACAUACAUACCUCGAAUAAAUACAAACAUACAUCAGAAAAUAUUUUGGGAAUUGUUGGGAAAAUCUGUAAUUUUAUUCAAACUAGUCUAAUUAGCAUUGAUCUAUACUUACUACCUGUAGAUACAUACAUAAAUACAGUACUACUUAUCCACCAUCCGGGGGGUAGAUUAGAACUGGUCAAAACUCCAGGUCAUUGGGACGCUUUGUUUCCUAUAUAUCUACUGAUAGCAUCAUGAAGGUGUGUCUUGUUGUACUGAUCUGCAUUGCCAGUACUUUAGCUCAAGAACAAUGCCUCCCCAUCCACGAGUUCCCUUGCGACAACGGAAAUUGCAUACCCAGUCCAUGGAUUUGUGAUGGAGACAAUGAUUGUGGAGAUGGUUCAGAUGAGAAACCGGAAUACUGCAACGUCGAUGGAUGCAGGCCUGACCAGUACACAUGCACCAACGGGAACUGUAUUCCUCUAUUAUUUCAAUGCGACGGUGAUAAUGAUUGUGCGGAUGGAUCUGACGAAAGAGAUUGUCCAUGCCCUGAUCCGGUCGACGAUUGGACGCGAUGUGAUGAUGGAACGUGUGUUUUGAAAGAAUACUGGUGUGACGAGCAUGGAAUUCAUGAUUGUCCAGACAAGUCUGACGAGACAAACUGCUCUCGCACUACGACCGCUGAACCCAGCACCACUUCGCCCAGCCCCAUUUCGCCCAGCACCACUCUUGGGGAUGACUUGUACAUUUAGCUAGUCGACAAAUAUGGAGCACACCAAACACGUUUUAGGGAAGGGUCAUGUAGUCUGGAUUCACUUUAAAUGUGGACACAGAUAUUUGACAAACUACUUAAACAAUUGGUUCAAAUAUAUAUGUCAUAAUCCUGUUAUUAUCCGUUAUUAAAUAAAUUAUGAUUGGUCCAUAUCCAUUUACUAAAUAAUA